CCUCGCCCGCCCCCGCUGGACUCAUUUCUCUUUAGUGUUUGCCGAUGUUUGAGCCGUUUCUAGGGUCUCCCCUAGAAAACAGUGAUAGAGAAUGGCGCAAGUUAAAGUUCAGACUGCAGUCAACCUAUCUGGAUCUACCCUGGGAGCCACAGUACAGUCAACGUCGGUUGCUAGUGCAGGUCCUCUGGCUCUGCAGUCUUCUGUGAAUGGGCCAGUCCCAGCCUCAACUACCAGCUGUGUCAGUCCUGCAGCUGGGCUUGUGGAUUCUACUGCUUCUAUUAAUAACUCACCAGUUUCUUUCCAGGAUAACAUGGCAAACCCCAAAGAGAAAACCCCAAUGUGCCUGGUGAAUGAGUUAGCCCGUUUCAACAGAAUUCAGCCCCAAUACAAGCUUCUGAAUGAAAGAGGGCCUGCCCAUGCCAAGAUCUUCACUGUACAAUUGACUCUUGGAGAUCAAACCUGGGAAGCAGAAGGAAGUAGCAUUAAAAAGGCUCAACAUGCUGCUGCAGCCAAAGCAUUGAGUGAGACUAAUCUCCCAAAACCAUGCCCACGGCCACCAAAAAAUAUUAUGAAUAAUAAUCCAGGUAGUAUAACACCGACUGUAGAGCUGAAUGGUCUUGCGAUGAAGAGGGGAGAACCUGCUAUCUAUAGACCAUUAGAGCCAAAACCAGUGCCCAACUACAGAGCUAACUAUAACUUUAAGGGAAUGUACAAUCAAAGGUACCAUUAUCCAACUCCCAAAUUAUUUUACGUCCAGCUGCUUGUGGGGAAUACAGAAUUUAUUGGAGAAGGAAGGACCCGUCAAGCUGCUAGACAUAAUGCUGCUAUGAAAGCCCUUCUAACUCUUCGUGAUGAGCCUAUUCCAGAAAAGGCACCUCAGAGUGAAGAAAUUUCAAAUGAAGGGGAAGAGGAUACAGAUAUCAACAAGUCUGAAAUCAGCUUGGUAUUUGAGAUUGCUUUGAAGCGGAACCUGCCAGUCAAUUUUGAGGUAACUAGAGAAAGUGGUCCUCCUCACAUGAAGAGCUUUGUUACCCGUGUUGCAGUUGGAGAAUUUACAGCAGAAGGAGAAGGAAACAGUAAAAAACUUUCUAAAAAACGAGCAGCAAUAACUGUCCUCCAAGAGCUGAAGAAACUUCCUCCCCUCCCAGUGAUAGAAAAACCUAAAACUCAUUAUAAAAAGCGACCCAAAUCUAUACUGAAGACGGGUCCAGAGUAUGGACAGGGUAUGAAUCCCAUCAGUCGAUUGGCUCAGAUACAACAGGCAAAGAAGGAGAAAGAACCAGAAUAUCUUCUGUUAUCUGAAAAAGGUCUGCCACGUCGCAGGGAGUUUGUAAUGCAGGUCAAGGUAGGGACUGAGAUGGCGACAGGAACAGGCCCCAACAAGAAAGUUGCAAAGCGGAAUGCUGCAGAAGCCAUGUUGCUACAGCUUGGCUACAAAGCAUCAAUCCCUACUCAAAAUCCACAGGAGAAGCCAGUUGAAAAGGGCUGGGAUGGACGGAAGGUGACUUUUGCAGAUCAGCCAAGUAGUACCCAGAAGGGAAUUCUGCAUCUCUCCCCUGACGUUUAUCAAGAAAUGGAAGCAAGUCGUAACAAAGCAGCUCCUACAAUGAACUAUUUGACAUCUAAAGAAAUAAACCAAGGAUGUAGUUCAUUCUUCAGCACUACCAGCAACACAGCAACCAUUGCAAGGGAGCUUCUGUUGAAUGGGACAUCCCCAACUGCAGAAGCUAUAAGCUUGAAAGGAAAAGCACCUGCUUCCCCCUGUUCAGCAGUACAGCCCUCUCAACAGCUAGAGUAUUUAGCCAGAAUCCAAGGUUUUCAGAUUACAGAGAAUUCUCAAGACACGUACAGCAUUGAAAAUCAAUAAGGAGUUGAAGAAAACUUCAUUGGUUUAAUUUCUGAAAGUAUCUUCUUUCAUAAUGCUCUAGUACAAUCUAGUAUGAGUGUCUAAAUUACCAGCUAUAAAUUAUCAAAUGUAUUUUCUUCUCAAAUAUCAUGGGUGCUAAAUCACCUGCUAACAAAUUGUAUAAUCUGCUCAUUAAAGAUUAAAAAGCAACAUUCUGAUAUCAUGACCAAAUACUUGGGCAAUGCUGCCAAAAGUGAGAGAACAAAAGUCUACCAAAGGAUAAUAUGGGCCAGGGGAUUUUCUUGAUAGCUCAUUAGGUAAAUAUACUACAUGGUGUGUUAUUGUGCCAUACAGACCAGUAAAGCCACUGCUUCACCUUGGACUAGAAAAAAAAAACUAGCACAUGUUUUUGUUUCUGUUCACUGCACAGUAACUUCUGCAAAUGCAUGGAUAUCAAAUGAGAGGGAGGGCUCAGCUGUGAUUCCUUCCAUGGAAAAAUAACAUACUGACAUCAACUAACUAAGUUGACAGUGAUCACUUUGUACCAGAGAGCUGCUAGCACCUAUGUAUUGAGUCCCUAGCCUUGAGGACAACAAGUGAGAAGAGAAACUUUAAGUGAGCAUUAGGUACCACAAGAUUAAUUUCUUUGCUGAAAACCUGCCUUCUAACUACCUUUUUAACAUGUAAUUAAAGUCCUAAUCCACUGAGGACAGAACUUCAGCCAUGUGGAAGAAAAUAAGCUUGUUUUUAUUUUUCAUUUUCUACACUUUGCUAUAGAAUGAACACUGUUUCCAUUAAUUGAUUCAGAGGGAUCCUUGGUUAUGGUGUGUCCUAAACUAACAGAGUAAAUAAAAUCUGGAAUAGAAAGUUGGCUGGGAUUUUGUCAACAGCAUGCCGUUCCCGACGUCAUAAUUGGAACUGUGCGCCACUUCUGCUUUCACUCUUCUUUCUGUUUUCCACGCAAUUACAAUUAAAAUUCUAAGUGCCAGCAGUGUGCAUGCAAAACACGUUUGAUUUAGCAGCAGAGGAAACUUUUCAUUGGUGAAACCUGCCAUCAGUUGACAAUGCUGCGUCCACAGACGGUGUACUAAAGAGCCUCCUGGUCAAAUAGGGAGGCUCUGCACCACAGCCACAACUUUCCUGCCCAACUCCAUUGCCAUUAACAUAAGACUUAAGAGCACAAAGAUGGUAUGGGUGUUUGUCAAAAUUAAAUUUUACUUGUAAAUUUUUCACAUUACAUUGGUUUCACCUUAUUCAUCUGUGCAUCAUCAUUAUUUGUUGAGGCUAGCCGAGUCAGAGAGCUAAAUGUACUGGCAAGCCUCGUGUUGGCAUGCAUUGAUGUUGACAGGGGAGUUAGGGACAUUUCCUUUAUGUGGAAGAAACAAUGUUGUGGUUUUUUUUGUUCACUCUUGAUUGAAUGUUAAUGUUAUUGUCCAGUGUUGUACUCCACUCUGCGGGACAUGACUGAGCUUGCAAGCUCAGCUGGCCCUCCCUUAUAUGCAUUAUAAAGGACAUUGUCUGA